GCAAACACCCCUUUAGUAGGUCAAGUUUCUCUCUUCCACCCUAACUUGCGUUCCUUUUUGAAACAGUUUUAACUAAUGGCAACCCGCGUAGAUAUACUCAUAAUUUCACAUUCUUGGGAGCAAGUUAAUUGGCGAAACCCUAAAGCUUGAACGACGAUGGCGAUGGCGGGUUUGUACAGGCGUAUACUCCCUACUCCUCCAGCUGUCGAUUUCGCGUCUUCCGAAGGCAAGAAACUCUUCACGGAGGCCAUUCACAAUGGGACCAUGGAAGGUUUCUUUAAAUUGAUUUCUUAUUUCCAGACACAAUCUGAACCUGCAUAUUGUGGUUUGGCUAGCCUCUCAAUGGUCUUGAACGCUCUUGCCAUUGAUCCUGGCAGAAAAUGGAAAGGGCCUUGGAGAUGGUUUGAUGAAAAUAUGUUGGAUUGUUGUGAGCCUCUGGAGAAGGUGAAGGAUAAAGGCAUCUCAUUUGGGAAAGUAGUAUGCCUGGCACAUUGUGCUGGAGCUAACGUUGAAGCUUUUCGUACAAAUCAGAGCACCAUAGAUGAUUUUAGGAAAUAUGUUAUGGCUUGUUCAAGUUCAGAUGAUUGUCAUGUGAUUUCUUCAUAUCACAGAGGAGCAUUUAAGCAGACUGGAACGGGUCAUUUUUCACCUAUUGGUGGAUAUCAUGCUGGAAGGGACAUGGCAUUAAUCUUAGAUGUUGCAAGGUUUAAGUAUCCUCCUCACUGGGUUCCACUUGGCCUUCUUUGGGAAGCUAUGCAUACUGUGGAUGAAUCGACUGGACUACUCCGAGGGAUGAAAUAUGAAUCAGCUAUUGACAGUCUUUAUCUUGCUAAGAAGCUUCAAGAGAAGAAGAAGCAAAAGAAAAGCUGCAAACAUGAGAGUUGGACCACUACUGCAAAAUACUUGAUGGAUGAUGUCCCGGUGCUGUUAAGUUCAGACAACAUUAAUGAUGUCAAGAAAGUCCUCUCCACCGUUUUCACAUAUCUGCCUUCAGAUUUUGCAGAGUUCAUUAAGUGGGUAGCUGAGAUUCGUAGGAAAGAGGAUGGUGCUCAAAGCCUAAGUGAAGAAGAAAAGGAAAGGCUUACUACCAAGGAGGAGGUGUUGAAACAAGUGCAAGAAACGGGCCUUUACAAGCUAGUGAGUGAUAUUCUGUCUUCAGAAACACUAGUCUGCCAGAUGAAGCAAAUUUCAUGCCACCAAGACAAUUUAUCCACCAUUGCUGCUAACGUGUGCUGCCAAGGGGCCGGAAUUUUGACUGGCAAACCAGGCUCAUCAUCUAGAUUCUGCUGCCGGGAGACAUGUGUGAGAUGUUACAGAGCUGUCAACAGCGAGAAGCCCGUCACAGUAGUUUCCAGUACAGUGGUCAAUGGCAAUGGUGAACAAGGAGUUGAUAUGUUAGUCCCCUCAACUCAAAUGGAACAUAAUGGCUGCAGUUUGGGGUCGUGCAGUAAUUCUGGCAUGCACCCGGACAGCAAUGAUGUGCUUACAGCACUUUUACUUGCAAUGCCCCCACAAACGUGGUCCAACAUUAAAGAUGAGACGGUUUUGGAGGAAAUAUCCAGCUUAGUGUCGACCAAGAAUUUUCAUCCAUUGCUUCAAGAAGAGAUUCUGCAUUUGCGAGGUCAACUACUUAUGCUCAAGAGGUGCAAAGAUAACAAGGUUUUAGGUGAAGUAGCUGUAGGUACAUCCUACAGGGUGGGCCUGAAUUUUCCUGGAGAUGAUGCAAUAGCAAUACCCCUCCAGAAGUUAAAUUUAUAUGCAAAGCGUCCAGAAAAUUAUAUAGUAAGGCCUCACCGUGGUUUAUUCUCUCCCGGAAUAGUAGGGAGACUUGGCAAGGAGUAUUCAGUUUCUGCAUUAAGGGGAUCUAUUAUUGCUUGCCCCUUAACUUCUCUAUUAUACAGAAAACAGAAUUUUGGUUUGGGACAUCCCGCUUUUCUAGGAUGUUGAUGAAGUUGACAUACACAGAUUCAAUAAAAAAAAAAUGUAAAAUUAGUCGUUUUACAGAUAUAUGAGUAAAUUUGCUUAUGAAUUGAAAGUUUUGUUCUUCUUUUUUCUUGGCACAAAAUUUAUGCUUGCUCCUCUCUAUGUUUUCCUCUCUCCCUCCUUUUUAAAAUUAUAUUCAUCAUACCUAUUGUAAGAAUUUGCUUGCUCG